AUGAUGAGUAGUACAACAGAACAUAUAAUUGAAGACGAAACAAUGACUGAAUCCGACAAUCGUAAAAGUUUUCUAAUAUCAAAUCUUUUAUCAUCUGAAUCAAUACUCGAAACUGAAGAAGAAGAAGAUGAUGAAGAAGGAGAAGAAGAAAAUAUAUCAAUGAAUGAUGACUCAAUUGAAGAAAAACUUGAAAAUGAAUCCAAAUUACAUCGAGCAUUUCCAAAACCAUCAUUAACAUCAAUGAUAUUUCCACGUAUAAUGUCUACAAAUGAUUUUUCCUAUCUUUACUAUCUCAGUUAUCAAUAUUUUGCUAUGCAAAUGUCAAAAACGAAUCCAAUACAAUCAACUGAAAAUUCUUCAAUAAAAAAACCAUAUACUUUUACUACACCACCAACAUCGUCAUCUUGUUCAUCAUCAUCACCAUCACCAAAUUCAACAACAAAUUCCCGUUAUCAAUGUGAUGGUUGUUCAAAAUCUUAUUCAACAUUCGGUGGACUUUCUAAACAUAAACAAUUUCAUUGUAUAGCACAAAUAAAAAAACAAUUUCAAUGUAAAUUCUGUGACAAAACAUACAAUUCAUUAGGUGCACUUAAAAUGCAUAUACGUACACAUACAUUACCAUGUAAAUGUAAAAUGUGUGGAAAAGCAUUUUCACGUCCAUGGUUAUUACAAGGACAUGUACGUACACAUACAGGAGAAAAACCAUUUCAAUGUGAAAUAUGUUGUCGAGCAUUUGCUGAUCGUUCAAAUUUACGUGCACAUAUGCAAACACAUUCGGAUAUAAAAAAAUAUCGUUGUACAAAAUGUUCAAAAACGUUUUCACGUAUGUCAUUGCUUAAUAAACAUAUGGAAAGUUGCAUACAACAUACAACAACCACAACUGCGAUUACAACCAGCACUGAUGAUUGUAGCAGUACUGCUGGAUUUUCGAUUUAA